CGUAGUUUUCUGAAAUUUUGCUCAUUGUACUUUUAUAUUGUCUUGAAAAUUUAAGUUUCAAAUCCGCUUUUUUAUAUUUGUAAGUUUAUAGAUUUGUCAUCAUUUAAAUCACUAGAUUAAUAAAACACCGGUGAAAGAUGAGGAGCCCUGAACGUUUCGCAGUAUUAUUCCUCUUCGCGCUGUCCACCCUGCCAGUAUUUUCCCUAGGAAAUAAAUAUUCGAAAAAAUCCAACGAUGAAUUCUCCAAUAAAGAAGCGUACAAGAAAGAAUACAAGAAGGAUUUUGACAAACGUGAAUACAAACAGAAAGAUUACGACAUGAAGAAGAAAGAAUAUGACGGAAGAAAGCGUGAAAACGACGCCGGGCAUAACGAAAAUAAAUUCUACAACGACCAUUCCCAGUUCGUAGAUCAGAACGCAGACCUGAGGAAGAUCGACAAACCGUUCAGGAUGGCCAAACUCAAUUUGCUGUGGACAAAAGCUCAAUCGAGAUUGACCGAGCCAAAGCUAAAAUCCAUUUUUUCCGAAUUGAAGAUCCAAGAUAAAGAAGAGCUUGCUUUAAAAAAAUUGAAACAUGAAGGAAAUGAUAAGGAAGGGCUUCUUGAAGCUGAACUGCGCCAAAAAUUAUUAACUAUCAUGAAAAAUUAUGGUUUGACCGAACAUGUCACUGAAAUCCAAGAUAAAUCUAAACAUAAGCAAGAUGGAGGGAGCUAUACAGUUAUCGAACUUUUCACUGAUAAAAAACUAAACAAAUUGUGGCAACAAGCCGAACAUUCAGGGUUUACAGCUGAAGAGUUGCAGAUGUUAAAAGAGGAGUUUACCCACCAUCAGCAAAAAGUUGAUCAGUACAAUCAAAUUUUAAACCAAGUUGGAGAUGCUUCCAAAAAUAAUGCAAUCAAUUCAGUGGAUGAAAAACAUGAUCGGUUUAAUGAAUUAGACCAGCUAGAAAAUGAUGAUCCAGUUGUACAUCAAUAUCUUAAUAAAGUCAAUGAACUAAGGGAAAAACAUAAGGAAUUAAGGGAAGAUUACGAUAGGAUCUAUAGAAUGGCAAUGGGAGGUCCAAAAAGCCAGGAGUUCACAGAACCCCGAAUACAAGGUCUUUGGAGAAUGGCGUUGACAUCCAAUUUCAAGCCAGACGAAUUGGAAUCCCUCAGAAGUGAACUAUUCCAUUAUGAAAGGCGGUUGAUGAAGCUUCGUAGACUCCAUGUUGAAGCCGCGAUGGAAGAUGAGCAAAGAAAAAAUAGUGGGAUUGAUAAAAUUGAGGGAUUAGAUUUCACCAGUGAUCUCAUUAAGAAACAAACAAGAAAAGUUGCCAAAAUGCACUUAGACAUUGAGUCAAAAAUAAUGGAGAGACACACUGAAUUAUAAUUAUUUGUAAAGUAAAGCAAAUUUGUACAAAAUAUAUUUUUAAUUUAAUAAAUUUGUCAACUCAG